UAAUUAGUGCGCCAAGUAUACGGCGGUGGGAAAACAUGCGAAAUUCUCUCCCCACAAACCCAGAAUUCCUCUCCUGGUCCCGCAAAAUACUUCAUUUGUUCACCAAAUUAUAUGAGGCUUACGAAUUCAACGUUUCAUUAAUUAAAGGUUAGCUUGUGCAAUGUGGGAAUGUAUUCUGGAAAGCUUGGCAAUAAUCGAACUCGUUCAUUAUAUUCAAUAAUCGUAUUUCACCCAUCGUCGAUGAGAUUUUCAGCCAAAUUCCAUAAUGUCUGAUGUUGUCAAAAUCGAUGGCAGCUUGGGAGAAGGCGGAGGACAAGUGUUGAGAAUUGCUCUGAGUAUAAGUGCGCUUUAUGGAAUACCUUUUGUGAUGGACAAUAUUAGAGCUGGACGUUUAAAACCUGGAUUAGCAGCUCAGCAUCUCAAAGGCAUAGAAAUAGCUGGUGAUAUGUGCAAUGCUAAAAUUAAUGGAGCAUACAUCGGUUCGACCCAUUUGGAAUUCUAUCCGAAAUCCUUGUCGGAAAAGCGGGAAUUUUAUGCUGAUACCCAGACGGCGGGCUGCAUCUCUCUACUAGCUCAAGUUGCAAUACCAAUUGCUUUAUUCUUGCCAGUUGAUAAUUGUCCUAUCGUGCUAACUCUAAGAGGGGGAACCAACGUCCCCAUGGGUCCUCACAUCGAGUAUCUUACUGAAGUCUUCAAGCCCUGCCUCAAUAAAUUCGGAGGAGACUUUGAUUUCACUGUUGUACGAAGGGGGUAUUACCCGAAAGGUGGUGGAGAAGUAAAGUUUUGGAUAAACCCUUUGAAAAAUUUGAAACCAAUUGAAUUGAUUAAUCAAGGUCGUAUCAAAGGAAUUUCGGGAUGGGCAUACGUAGCUGGUUCAGCGCAUUUAAAUGAGGCGUAUCGGAUGGCCGAAAAUACUCAAAGCUCCCUCUCUACAAAAUUGAAGGAGAAAGGAAUCGCCGUACCUCCAAUAAACAUUGAGGCGUAUAGGGAAGAUAGAAACGUGGCUGCGGGUUAUGGAUCUGGUAUAAAUGUCGUAUGCCAUACUGACACUGGAUGUGUAUUUGGAGGCUCAGGUCUGAGAUUCAUCAAACGAGAUGGCGUGAAUCCCGUUCAGGAGGCAGUUGGGCAAAUCAUGAAUCCUCUAAUCCAUAAGUCAUGUGUGGAUACUUAUAUGGAGGAUCAACUGAUCCUGCUCAUGGCCUUAGCUAAAGGCCAGUCCACAGUCUCCAUCGGCUCUCAACCAAUCACCCAGCAUACCGAGACUGCAAUCGAAAUCGCAAAAAUAAUGUUAAAAGAUCGAGGUCUAGAGUUCAGGCUGAGGAAUUAUAACAAAGCAGAUCCUACAGAAUUUGUCAUUGAAUGUAAAGGCUGUGGUCUCACCAAUGAUUCCUAAAUAAAUUGAAUGCAUUGAUGGAAUUCCA